CCCAAAUCCAAGCGAGUAGCAUGUGUGCUGUGUCGCAAACGCAAGCUUCGAUGCGACGGAGCAAAACCCUCGUGCGCGACAUGUACUCGGCUUUCGCACAACUGCGCCUACGAUGAGGUUCGCAAGAAGAGCGGCCCCAAGAGGGGUUACGUGAAAGAACUCGAAGCUCGUUUGGCCCAAGUCGAGACACUCCUCAACAACCAUGCUGGCGUCGAGAUGCCACUCAAUGCCAUUGACCAAUCUGUCGUCAACGGCGAUGACUUGCCAGACAUGGGUGGUAUUGAUCCCGACCAAGGACGUUUGAUGCAGGAAAUGCGUGUAGGCCAGUCUCCACCUCCAGCCAGUACCAGUGAUUCGAAUCCUGCUACACGUCAGCAGUCAAUGUCUGAGGCCUAUGAUACCAGACAGCCCGCCUUCUGGGAGGGCGAAAUCAAAUCACAUCCGUGGGGCCCCAACUUGUCAAUGCUUGCUACCGGCAUGGACGAACCUCUGCCCCCUCCAGAUGUCUGUGCCGAGCUGACCGCUCUCUACUUUGAACGUGUUCAUGCCUCUGCUCCUAUCUUGCACCGAGUCCGCUAUCUCAUGGCCAUGCAAAACACAUCACCUGCUCUGCGCCCUCGUCUAUCCCUUCAGUAUGCCGUUUGGACCUUGGCUGCCAGCGCUCAUCCAAAGUAUGAAAACAUGGUCGACACCUUGUACCGCCGUGCCCGUCACUACCUCGAGCGUGAUGAGAUGUCUGGCGUAGGCGAAAAGAUGAUUAACUUGGCCACAGUCCAGGCUUGGCAGUGCAUAGCAGCUUACGAGUUCAAGAUGAUGUACUUCCCGAGAGCAUGGCUCAGCACUGGAAGGGCUGCCCGAUUAGCCCUCAUGAUGGGUCUGCACCGUGUCGAUGGUCCUAAUGUUGAUGUCAAGCAAUGCCUUCCCCCACCCAAAGACUGGAUAGAGAGGGAGGAGCGAAGACGCUCGUUCUGGAUGAUCUUCGCUGGUGACCGCUAUGCGAGCAUCGGUACUGGCUGGCCUAUGACUAUUGACGAGUCGGACAUUUGCACAGAUCUGCCAGCCUCGGAUGAGGCCUUUGACGCUGGCACACCUGAGCCUUCUGUAUCCUUAAAAGAUGCCCUCACGCCUGGGGGUGCUGAUGGCUUAUCAUCCAUGGGUGCGGUUGGUGUCAUUUCUGCUCUCUUUGGCCGCAACUUGUUGCAUCUACACCGGCACACACCAGAUCAAAAUGACGGCGACAUCAACGGCGUAUUUUGGAAGCGCCAUCGACAAAUGGACGGCACCAUUCUUUCUUUAUUGCUUGGCCUACCGGAGUCACUGCGGCUGCCCCUCGCCGUCUCCGAUCCCAAGGUUGUCUUCAUGAACAUGUGCAUCCACACUUCCGUGAUAUGUCUUCAUCAAGCUGCCAUCUUCAAGGUAGAGAAACACUCGCUGCCAGCCAAACUCGCCACCGAAUCCAAGAUGCGUUGCUUGACCGCCGCCGCCGAAAUCUCAAGCUUAAUGAAAAUGUCCAGUCAUCUCGACAUGGCUCAAGCUAAUCCGUUCAUGGCCUUCUCCUUAUACGUCGCCGCCAGAGUAUUUGUGCAGUAUCUCAAAUCACGACCUCGUGACGAUACGGCUCGAGGCUCACUCCACUUCCUUCUAUCCGCUCUUCAAGCCAUGAAGAAAACAAACCCACUCGCUGAAUCAUUCAUAGCGCAGCUAGAUGUCGACCUUGAA